AUGAAACAAAGAUUUAACUUUUUAGACAUUCGUGCAAUAAUUAACGAAAUUAAGCCAAAAUUGAUAAACAAGUUUAUACAGAACUUUAACACCACACAACAGAGAAUCAUUUAUAUUAAAUUCAGUUCAAAAGAUAUUUUGUUAAUUGAACCAGGAAUAAGAAUUCAUCUUACAAGUGAAGCCGAUGAUGGUAUUAGCCAUUUUUGUAAUAUUUUAAGAAAAAAAGCUAGACGUGAUAAAGUAGUCGAUAUCUAUCAAGUAGGUUUUGAUAGAGUAAUUGUUUUUGAAUUGUCGCGUCAAAAAAUCGUAAUAGAAUUUUUUAGUGGUGGUAAUGUGUUUAUUUUAGAUGAAUUUGAUAAAGUUGUGGAAGUAUUUCGUGUUGUUAAAGAACUUGAUAUUAUAAAAAACACUCAGUAUGUUUUUAAUCCUGCAGAAUUUGAUUUUAGUUGGGAAAAUUUUUGCAAUAUGGAGUUUAAAGAAUUUUUACCGUUUGAAAAAGAAUUGGUUGAUAAUUUAAUUAAAAAAAUAAAUAAGUUAACUGGUACAGAUAUACUGGUAGACAAAGAUCCUAAAUAUAAAACAAUCUUUAAUGAUUGUUUACAAGAAUUUAAUGAAUUUAUAAGUAAUAUCGGUGGUUUUGGAGCAGUUCAGAUGAAAAAAGGAAAACCUUUUUCAUUUUUUCCAUUUGAUAUUGAAAUUGACAAUAAAAAAACAUUUCAGUCUUUUAAUGAAGCUGUAGAAUUUUUUUUUAUGGAUAGAAGAAAGAAAAAAAUUGAAAAAGUAGAUAAAUUACAGAAAAUAAGAAAUAAGCAAUAUGAACAUAUUAAGGAACUAGAAAAUAUGGUUAAAGAUAUGACAAUGAAGGCCGAUCUCAUUCUUAAAAAUGCGGAUAUUGUAGAGAAUGUUCUUGAUAUUCAUAAUUACGUUAUAAAAAAUAAGUUAAAUUGGAAUGAUUUUUUAAAAUUUAAAGAGGACGAAAAAUCCAAAGGAAAUGAAAUUGCAGAUAUAAUUGUUAAAUCGGAUUUUAAGAAUAAAUCUUGUAUAAUCGAUUUAAAGGAUAAUGAAGAUUCUCAUUUUAUAGAAAUUAGUUUUGAUAAAUCACUACAUUCUAAUGCACAAAAUUAUUUUGAAAAACGUAAAAAAUUUGAAGAGAAGAUUUUAAAGACUGAAAAAGCUAUUGAUACAAUUAAAAUUAAAACGUACACAAAAGAAGAAAAAAUUAAGAUUCAGCGCUCAGUUUUUUGGUUUGAAAAAUUUAAUUUUUGUUUUACAACCGAUAAAAAGUUAGUUAUAGGAGGAAAGAAUGCGCAACAGAAUGAAAUUAUUGUUAAAAAACAUCUAACACCAAAUCAUUUGUAUUUUCAUACAGAGUCUUCGGGUGGCUCUAGUGUUAUUUCUGAAGCAGAUGUCAAUAUUGACGAGGUUGCUCUAGUUGCAUUGUGUAAUUCCGCUUGUUGGGAAGUAAAUGUAGUCUCUCCUGUUUUUUAUGUGAAAAGCGAUCAGGUUAGUAAGACCCCUCCUACUGGACAAUUUCUACCUAAAGGAUCUUUUUUAAUUAGAGGUACAAAAACUUAUGUAAAUGUUUAUAAAUUAGAAUAUGGAGUAGGGCUGUUAUUUAAAACAUCUGAUGAUAUUCAAGAAGGAGAUUAUUUUAUUAAAUAUGAAGAUGCGGUUUUUGUUACUAAUCCUUCCAAUUAUGAAAUAGACUACGCUUUACCACUUUCGGCACCUUAUAAAGUUUUAAAAGACUUGUAUAAGUUUAGAGUGCGUAUUUUACCUGGUAAAGACAAAAAAGGAAAAGUUAUUCAAGGAAUUAUAUCUCAUUUUAUAAAAGAUACUGAAGAGAGGAUAAUAAAGAUCAUAAAAAGGAUAUCAGUAGAAGAGUUUAUGAACGUACUACCUACAAAUAUUAAAAUAGGAAAAGAUAUUAAAUAA